UGUUUGCUCAGGUGUGGGAGUUCUCAGCGCGAUUAGCUAUAAAUCUCCGUGUGAGUACUGCGUAACAGACAUUGCCUCACAAUGUCCACGUUCGUGUUCUGUGUGUUGAUCCUCCUCGUUGCAGGGUCGGAGGGUUCGGGGCCUUCUGGCAGAAAGCCUUCGUGCAGCGAUUUGGCUGAAAUUCUGGCGUGUCCCUUGAACCUGGCUCCUGUGUGCGGUUCAGAUGGAAACACAUACGCCAAUGAGUGUGCGCUGUGUGCGCAGAGACUAAAAACCAAAACGGACAUUUUAGUCCAGAGUGAUGGCAACUGCUGAUUCACCAGGCUUCAUGUGUCUCAAAUAAACCAUUAAAGCAUUUGA